GAAGCACGCGCUGUAUGCUCGUUUGUGCCUGUUCGAUACCGCCGAUGUUCGAUUGUUUUGGACUGCAGACAAGAUGGCCGUCGACUGUGAACGGUGAUAAUUCUCACACACUUGAUAUUUUCUGAUGAGAUAAGCUAAUAUUUGAGAGCUCCUUGCAGAAAUGGGUUUGUCACAGAGUUCAGAAGUAUCCGAAGGAGGAACGUAUGGAUACCACGUGCACGGCGUGCAGCCGAGUUCCCCUGCAGAAAAGGCCGGACUGCAGCCCUUCUUUGACUUCAUUCUGUCUGUGGACAACACAAGACUUAAUGAGGAAAAUGACCUGCUGAAGGAGCUUCUGAAAGCCAACAUGGAGAGAGCAGUGAAGAUGGAGGUGUACAGCACUAAAACCAUGAGGAUUCGUGAGCUGGUCGUGGUGCCCAGUAACAUGUGGGGAGGACAGGGCCUGCUAGGUGCCAGCGUUCGCUUCUGUAGCUACCAAGGGGCCAAUGAGAAUGUCUGGCAUGUUCUGGACGUGGAAGCCAGUUCACCUGCUGCACUGGCAGGGCUUCAGACACACAGUGACUACAUUGUUGGAGCAGAUCAAGUGUUGCAAGAUUCAGAAGACUUCUUCUCGCUGAUUGAGGCACAUGAAGGGAAGCCCCUGAAGCUGCUGGUGUACAACACGCAAGUGGAUGCUUGCAGGGAGGUGAUGGUCACACCAAAUGGAGCCUGGGGUGGAGAGGGCAGUUUGGGUUGUGGCAUUGGUUAUGGCUACUUGCACCGAAUCCCAGCACAUCCCAACACAUCGACGGCUGAUCCUUCCAACCCUGUUCCCGAGGAGGAACCCCCUCUGAAGCUGCCUACCCAUGGAUUCACUGAGGCGCCUUUGGUUGCACCUUCAAGCUUAAGUGAAGACGUGUUAGACCUGGAGCAGGUCACCCUUCAGGAAGCUGCUCUACCUCCACCCAUCCAGAGAGUCAUGGACCCAGGUUUUUCAGACUCUGAAGUGGCAGUAAUAAACCCUGACACGGCAGAUUUGGUGGACAAACUGGAUCUGUCCAUAUCAUCCAUCGACAUGACUAGCACUUCCCUGGCUAUGCAUGAGGAGAAGGACUGCGAAAUCUCUGGUAUUGAAGAGCUGGAGGACGGUGUGCUGCUUUCGUCAUCAGCAGACAACCAGACUGACCCACAAGAGCUGAACUCCCAGGCAGCCAUGGAUCUCACUUCUGCUCUCGCUUCCAGUAACUCCUUCUCAGAUUCAGGCAGCCCACCAGCUGAACUAUCUCACAUGGUCACGGAGUCCACAGACCUACCUGUCUCUCUCUGUGAGUCUAGCGACAGUCCACCUCUGGGUGCAUUGUCGUUCCCCGUAGAGUCCCCCGAACCUCCUGCUGAACCCUCUGUCCCAGUCGAAGAUCAUCCCCGCACACCUCCCAUUGAUCUCCUCCAGUCAUCUGCUGUGAAUGAGCCGAUGGUGGACGAUUCUCCCACUCAGGCCAUUGAGGAUGAGGCAGGGCCAGCAGAGGAGCUUCUGGACGUGGCUUCUGCUCAUCACUGCAGCCAUGAGAGUGGUGAGGAGGAACCAGAAGAGCCGCCUCUUCAGUAAGCUUACAUCAGUAUGUACAAAAAUGUUGACAAUCACAGAGCUUUUUAAAGAAACCCUACACAUGAAAUACAAAGCAAAGGAAAAGGCUGUAUGAUUUGAUAUUAGUAGUCUGAGAUUGAGUGUAUGGCUCCUCCAUUGGGUUAGUACAGAAACUACACUACAGAAAAGAGCUGAAGUGUUAGCAUUAAAGUAGAAAAACACUUACAUGCACAGCAGGAACGUCUUAUUUGUUUUAUGUGAGAAUUUUAAGUUACUGUUCAUUUGUAGGCCAAAAAUAUUUUCCAUGCUCAGUGCAAAAUUAGAUUAUACGGGUGACGGGACUUCUGGUACACAAGCGUGAUGAAUACUUGAACACUUCCAAAGACAAACACAUAUAUUUACUACAGCAAAGCACAGCUGCACCUUAAUAUCCAUGACACCAUCAAAGUUUGUGAAGCUACCAGACUGUUGGCAGGUUAAAAACAAAAAGAGGGAAACUGUUGCUGGAGUUUAUGAAAUAUGUAUUGGAUUUUAAAGUGUUUUUGAUGUGGUAUGAGGGAAAUAUUUGUCCUCUUGUACUGUGGCAAACCAGUCAGUACAAGUUUUUACACUAGAUUUGAUCAGGUCAGUAUGUUUUUAAGUCUUUUGAUUUAUUCAGCCACUCAAUCUGAUCUGUUUGAAAAUAAUUUCUACUGCUUGUAUUGUUGGAAUUUUGUCCCCUUGUCUCCCUCAACACUAUUGUUUCUUUUUAAUUUUUGUGAUCUAUGCAACAGUAGACAAGUCGUGUAAAUCCAGUAGGUGACGGCCCUUUCAUAUAGAGUAUGUAAGUAUGGUAACAGUGAUGCUGCUGUUGAAUAAUUGUUUUGUUUUUUCUAGCAGGGUUCUUAAUGUUUUUCACAAAGUAGGUGCUAAUGUAUAAAAUAAGGAAAAGUAUUUUUGCAGAUAUUUUAUCAAGUAAUUGUGUGUUUUAUUAGGAAUGGGUGCAGUCUUUUGAUGAACGUGAAACAAGUGAAUAUUUGAUGGUUAAACAAUCAUAUCACUUGACUGAAAAAAAAAAAAAUCUUCUCGUGUUUUUCUUCUUAGACUCUCAUCAGAUGAACAAAUUACAACUCAAGAAACAUCCAUUUAUAUUCCCAUAAAUCUGCCAUUGUUAAACCA